CGCGCCGCACCUCCCACAACCACAAUGGCCGCGCUACUCAGAUUGGUAAUACUGUGCAUAGCAUGCGCGUGCGCAACAGCGCAGUAUGACGAGGAGCGCGCGCCUCGAUACAUCGCCAGCUCAACCAAGCAGGUCACCACGCCGGUACCAAUCCUCAAGCAAAUAAAUAGGCACAACGAAGACGGAUCGUAUACUUAUGGUUACGAGGCUGCCGACGGCUCGUUUAAAAUCGAGACUAAGUCGCCAACAGGAGAGGUCAAGGGCAAAUACGGUUACAAAGAUGACACUGGCAAGUUGCGAGUGGUAGAGUACGGCGCAAACAAGUUCGGCUUCCAGCCUGCCGGAGAGGGCAUCACUGUGGCUCCUCCUACCCUAGUCGACGAGACCACAAGAGACAGACCAGCCAAGGCACAGCAAGGCGGUCGAUCUGAAUAUCGCGCACAGCCCGUACAACAAGCGGUAGACUAUGACUACGAGGAACCAGCACCAGCGCCGCCACCGCGCCCCGCGCCCCGCCCGCAGCAGUAUCGACCCUCGCCGCAGCAGUAUCGUCCAGCGCCCCAGUCGCAGUACCAGCAGCCCAUUCAAACUGGUCCUGUACCGCGUAAGCCAGCGUUCUUUGCGGGCGCGGCUCCAGCUCCUGUUGAACAGAAUAACGGUGCAUUCUUCAGCCCGGCGCCUGAGCCCGCGCCGCGUCCGCGCCCCAAACAAGACUUCCGUCCCGCACCGCAAUUCCAGGACUUCGUACAGCAACCCAGGUACACAAACGCAGAGUUCGUAGCUCCUCAGCAGUUCCCCCAGCCUCAGCCGCGUCACCAGCAGUCCUUUUCGAUGCUCGACCAAUUACUUAAAGAAUACGCACUGCCACAGGGUGGUGCUACGCCCACGCAUGACAUCACUUUUGGCUCUUACUAGAACCUACUGAAAUGGAAUGCAUACUAUUACGCCUAUUUAUUGUGGAGAAAUAUACAUAGAUAAAAGAAUUACAGAAGUUCAUCUGAUGUCUUUAGUCUAUGCGUACCCGUUUACUGUAAACAGACGUGAUGAUAUGUAAAAUCUAGUAAUAGAUAUCUAGACUCUACCAUCCUGCCUAUAUUGUACCACUG